CCAAAUAGGACCGCCUCUCAUGCACCUCUAUGUGUGACUGUGCCUGUUAGUUGAGUUGUUAACCUGAGCUAAUUAAGCAUUGCUCAAGUCCAACUUUCAUUGCUUGACAGAAGUUUCCUUUAAGUGUGAAAAUCUCAAAUCAAAAUUUAAAUUUUGAUUUGAUCUCGAGAAGCCCUUUACAAUUUCAUCAAAACCCCCAAACCCUCCUUACAAGGUGACCAGGCAUACAGCAAUUUGGGAUCAAGGAAAGAGUUUCAAUGAUGGUACAGCUUCCCCGGAGCCUGCUUCUAUGUUUCAUAGCUUUGGUGGGAAUCGGAUCAUUGGCAUUAUUUGUAGUGGUACUGCAGAUUCAAAUGCCAUGGGAAAAAGCUACAGGGUUCCACAUAAGACACUACAGGUUGUAUUACAAUGAAAACAACAUCCACAACAGUUUCAACUAUCAACUGUCAUCCAAAAAUGAACAGAUCACUACUGAAGAUCAACCGUCUUCUGAAAAUGAACUGAAGAUUUUUGAAAAACUAAAGAAGAAUUUGCUCAACAAACUAUCUUCUGACAAUACAACAGAUUUUACUGAAGAUCCAGAAUGGGAUUCAUUUAAACCAUCAGAUCUUCCAGAUCCCUCAACCUCAUACACAGAACCUCCCAUUACAAAUCUAAACACAAACCCUUCCAGGACAGUGUCAGAAAAUGGGAUAGGAAAAGUCAUUACCGUAAAAGCCACUCUAGCAGACUUUUUUGGUGACCAGUAUGCUGUGGAUGAUGUUCCUUCACAAACAGACUGUCCAAACAAUAUCAGAAAGCGUGUACCUCAUACCAACUUCUCUGAGACGUUUCUACAAACAAUUCCAGUCCUGCAGUGGGCAAAGCAUUUUACUCCAGAAGAAUACCAGCGAUUGAGACGUUAUAAUGGAACUCAUGGCUGGGGACGUGUUUCUGUCGAUGUGUUGAAUAGCUCACUGGGGAUUUUAAACACAUCCGCAAAUCGGUUAAUGUUUGACGACUGGGAGCAAAGGAAAAACAGAUCGCCGUGCAUCCGAUGUGCUGUGGUGGGAAAUGGAGGAAUACUGAAUGGAUCAAAAAAAGGCAAAGAGAUUGAUGAGCAUGAUUAUGUGUUCAGGGUGAAUGGUGCGAUUUUAAAGGGGUUUGAGGAGGAUGUGGGAACUCGAACAUCUUUUUAUACAUUCUCAACAAACACCAUGCGAAACUCCAUGCGUAGUUAUGCUCGCUUUGGCUACAGGGGACCACCAGUAACUGAGGAGACCAGAUACAUUUUUUUGCCAGAUCACGACCGAGACUACAUUCUUAUGAGAGCGGCCGCCACACAUACGGUCAUUGAAAAAGGCCCUGAGCGCGGCAAAACACCACCUAAAUACUUUGGUGAAAAUGUGACGGUAAAAAACUUUAAAAUGUACCACCCGGAUUUUGUCCGUUAUCUUAGAAACAGGUUCUUGCAUUCACGCCUUUUGAGAACAGGUGCCAGAAGAUAUUACAGACCAUCCACAGGAGCGGUGAUGCUUCUGGCUGCUCUUCAUACGUGUGAUCAGGUUGAUGCUUACGGGUUCAUGACUCCAAACUGGACUUCAUUCUCAGACCACUACUAUGACAAAAUAAAAGGACGUGUGCGUUUUUUUGCCAAUCAUGACAUGCGUAUGGAGAUGAGGGUGUGGAAGCAGUUGCAUGAGGCCGGACUGAUAAAUCUCUUCAUGCGUAACUGAGAACGCUCUUCACAGGGUGCUUAUUUAAACUAAAAAGGGUGGCAUUUGGCCACAGGAUAAACCUGUUCUUCCUUUUAAACCUUUAUUUGGGAUUUAUUUGCUUUAAAAGGUGAAGAUUAGACAUUGUUUAGUUGGGCACUGCAAACAGAAACUUUGUUGCUGACCUUCUGAAUAAUGGUUCAGAUCAAAAGGCUGACUAGUGCAUCAUAGGGCGAGGAGAUAAUAACAAGGGUAGAUAUUGGAAUAACUAACCCACUCAAACAUCUGCUUGUCCACAAAUGUUCAUUGCAGAUGUAGGUGGGGCAGAAUGGGGUCUAUCUGAUCUACAUAACUGUAAUGCGUUUAUGUGCCUUAUCUCAAUAAAUUAUUUAUGUGAAAGAAACAGAAUCAACCAAAGAGGUUUUUUUAAAUGUUUUUUAUAAGAUUACCAUUUUUUUAUUGUGGUAUAUGAAUGUAAACAUUUGUAGAGUUUCGUUGCAAAACGAUAUAACUCCGUUUUUUUAAUUUUUCAGAAAUCUCGUUUUUUGGUUGUGCAUUCAAUUAAUAAUCAAUUCAACUGCAGUUGGUUUGUUUGAUUUAAACCUUCAUAACUUAAAAAAUACAGCUAAGUAGCACCAUAAAACAAAAUAAUAACAUGAUAACUAAUAAACAUGUUUUGAUAAAAAUGUUAAAAACAGAGUUAUCUCGUUUUGCAUGAAACUCUUCAUUUGUAUAUUGGCUGUCCAUAAUGUCCUUGUUGUGUCGCAGGGAGAUCUACAUGUGGGGUUUUCUGUUUUAACGAGGACUUUUAAAGCUUUAAAGUGCAAUAGCUUAUAUUCAGUACACAAGCUGUUUGAAGAGAAAUGUGAAUUGUUUUGAUCUUUUCUGCUCGGUUCACUGUAAAAAAAUUGCCAUCCUAAAUUGUUUAUUAUAAUUAAAUUUGCUUUAUUACUGUAAAAUUUUUUUAAGUAUUUUCAGCUUCAAUUGUUUUAUUUUGUCUAGUAAAGAAUAAAUAUAACUUUAUAAGAAUUAAUAUAACUGUAUUUAUUUAAAAUUAUAAAAACUUAUGUUUCAUAAGUUAAAACAACGUAUAAAAAUAUGUAAAUAUAACAUAAAAUCACAAAAGUUUUUUUUAACUAUUUUGUUUUUACUUUAAUUCUUUAAAUAGGUUAAAACAUUUCACAGCAACUGGUCAACUUUAAAACAGUAAGUUGUAAUGCCUUUAAAAUCCCAGUUUGAUUGUACUUAAAAAUGCCAGACAACAAAAUAGUUUUUAUACAGUGUGUCAUACUAUCUUUUGACUGUUACUGACUUCAACACUUUUACACAAUCAUUUUUAUACCUAAUCAUUAAUACUUCUGGUUGCUUUUAACAGAUCUAACUUUUUUGACUUUUAUAUGAAGAAGUAAAUCAUUUUUGGUAACACAUACAAAAUCACAAAUGAUCAGACAAUAAAAGACGAUACUGAACAUGACAGUGCGGUGUAUUUAAAGCUGUAUUUAAAA